CAAAACAAAACCCACAUAGCAAACCAAUCUUUAAAUACCAAAACCCUAGCUUCCGCACCCUCUCUCGUAUUCUAUUCUCAUCUCUCACGCCGCUUAGCUCCAAGCUCUGUAACUCGAGGAUAAUCGAAGAUGAGUCGAGGGAGUGCACCAGUUCCCAAGGGGAAGAAGAAGGGAGUCUCGUUUACUGUUGACUGUACGAAGCCAGUGGAGGACAAGAUCAUGGACAUUGCAUCCCUGGAGAAGUUUCUCCAGGAGAGGAUCAAGGUUGGUGGCAAGGCUGGUGCUCUUGGUGACACUGUCACUGUAACCCGGGAGAAGAGCAAGAUUACUGUUGCUUCUGACAGUAACUUCUCUAAGAGGUAUCUGAAGUACUUGACAAAAAAGUACCUGAAGAAACACAAUGUGCGUGAUUGGCUCCGCGUGAUUUCUUCAAACAAAGAUAGAAAUGUGUAUGAACUUAGGUACUUCAACAUUGCUGAGAAUGAAGGGGAGGAAGAAGAUUGAAAAUCUGAACUGGCUUAGUCAUUUAAGACUUUUGCUUACCUUAUAUUCAGGGAUCUUUCUUUCUGUUUUAGCGUUGCCUUUGGGAUGCUGCUUUUUGUUGAAACUGUUUUAACAAUUUUGUUGAGUAAAUUAGAGAUUUUACAAUAUUCCUAUUGUUGGAUUGGUAAUAUAGAAAGUCUGUCAUUGUCGAAUCCAGCUUUGUUGUUUUGAUGCAUUGUAUUGGAGUUCCAAGCAACUUUUAUGAGGUUACAAGUUGUGCUUGAUUCAUUCUUUUGCA